GUAUAUUGUUCACUCAGCUUCGUCUUUCUCAAGAAAAGCAGCAAUUUGCAGAAGCAGAAAUAGCUGAAGGUGCCAAAUUCCAGUGUUGACAAUAUAGAACAUGGAGUUCGUUGCUGAAGAAGGCAAGCACCUCAAUGACAAUUGCUCCACUUUGAUUUUGCCUGCUUUAUCUAUUGGGAAUGUGGGGCAACUAGCAGCAGACCUUUUGGUUUCAUCAAUGGCUACAGAGAGAGUUGGGUACUUGGAUGAUCCUCAUGUUCUUCCCUGUGUUGGCAAUGAUGCUUAUGGACCUGUUCCUCAAGGAGACCUUGCUCUUCCUCUUGAAGCUUAUGAUUCCCCAUCUAAUGCUCUCACUAUCAUCCAACAGCGAUCUCCGGUGAUUAAGGGUAUGAUGCUUGAUUUUGCAAAAAACAUGGCUGAUUUCCUUGCUGGUAGUGGAAAGAAGCAUAUUGUUCUUCUCUCCAGCUUAGAUUUUGGAAAAUGGCAAAAAGUUGACAUGUCAAGUGGUUUGCAGAUCUAUUACCUAUCUAGUGCCAACAGCAAUGGAACAGAUGAAAACUGUGAGAGCCUUGGGUGGAAGAAACUUCAGGAGUAUGACCCUUCUCAAAAGCAUUGGAAAUUUCUUAGUGAUUUAGCUGAAGGAAAUGCAACUCGGGAAGAUAUUAUUUCUGAAGAAGAUGAACUAGAAGAAGAAGAUUACUAUGCUAGCUUGCCUUUUGCUGCACUUUAUUCCUUUCUCAAGGCAAAAGGUUUGAAGGUUACCUGCUUGUUGUGUUAUUGCUCAGAAGGAGACAACAUCUCUGAUGCUUUUCAAUUAGCUGAUGCAGUAUGCAAACUUCUAAGGCUGACUCCCCCUACUUCUGGGAUUGAAGGUAACAAGUGGCGAGUUCCACUUUCUUGGAUGACGGUAUAUGGACCACCCCCGGAUAUGUCAAUGUUCUAAGGCUAGAUUGGUGUUAUUAGUGAAAUUUAAUGGAUUCUAUUGUCUUAGAAUUUAGUUUUGAUUGUGCAGUAAAGAACAUGUAAAAUUUUAUCGGAGUUCUGUACAAUUAAUUAGAUAUAACCUUUUUUUAAUAGUCGUCUUGGGAUGUUGAAAAUUUCCCCAUCUAUAGUCAACUCUUUAAUUCAGGUUUCUUUAUGCAAUAUUUUUAUAUGAAAUGUGUUGAGCAAAGUAACAUGAAGUACAAAUAUGAAUUUAUUCUUCCUAAUCUCCUAAUCAAUGAGACUUAGAGAGCAUAUUCAUCCA